AUGGAGCAAACAAAUUCAACUUUUCUCAGUUGUCUACUUGGUGCAUCUGUCGUUUGUUUCAUUUUCUUUUUCAUGAACUCUCUUGAACAGAUUACCACUGCCAAAGGCAACCCCAGUUUAGUUCUCACCAACGAGACAGACCAUCAAGCUCUGCUUGCAAUCAAGGAUUUGAUAACAGGAGAUCCUCUGGGUGCCUUAAGCUCAUGGAAUCAUUCAAUUCACUUUUGCAAUUGGCAAGGAGUUUCAUGCGGUCGUCGACAUCAACGUGUGACAGCCCUAAACCUAUCCUCUCUCGCAUUGGUGGGCUCUGUGUCUCCUCAAAUUGGGAACCUCACCUUCCUCAGGAGGAUUGAUCUAGGUAACAACAGCUUUCAUGGCGAAAUCCCACAAGAACUUGGCAAGUUGUUUCGCCUGCAGUACCUUCUACUUUUGAAUAACUCUUUCCAAGGUGAAUUUCCCACCAAUUUGACUCAUUGUUCGCACUUGAGAGUUAUCCGAAUGCAUUAUAACAAUCUAAGAGGUAAAAUUCCUACGGAACUGGGUUCUUUGUCCAAUCUCUCCUUAUUGAAUCUUGCAGUCAACCAUCUCACUGGAACUAUCCCACUUUCAAUUGGGAACCUUUCCAAUCUACGUGUGCUUUGUCUAUCGUAUAAUAAUCUUGAGAGAAGCAUUCCCACCCAACUUGGGCAGCUUUCCAAGUUGGAGGCUCUUCAGCUGACUUCAAACAAUUUGUCCGAUCAGAACUUGCUUACAGGUAGUAUUCCAAAUUCCAUUGGAAAACUCUCCAUGUUGGAAAAAUUAUUUCUUCCCAACAAUAGCAUCUCUGGAGAGAUUCCAUCAUCUCUUAGAAACCUGAGUAGGCUUGGUGAACUUGACCUAUCAACAAAUAUGAUUGAGGGAAGCAUUCCUAUUUCAUUAGGCAAUUGUACCAAUCUACAACGAAUUUAUCUUGAUUACAAUCGUCUCAUAGGAGCAAUAUCUUAUCAAAUCUUUGGUCUGUCUUCCCUCAUUGGUCAAUCCUUGAGUCAAAAUUACUUGACAGGACUACUACCACAAGAAGUGGGUAACUUGAAAAAUCUGGGUGGACUAUAUGUAUCAAAAAAUAAACUAUUUGGAGAAAUCCCCACCGCUCUCGGCAAUUGUGAAGUUUUAGAACUCCUCUACGUCGAUUGUAACCUUUUCAAAGGUACAAUUCCGACGGCUUUCAGACAAUUGAAAGGUAUUCAAGAACUAGAUGUUUCUAGGAACAACUUGUCUGGACAGAUUCCAAGGUUUCUCGGGGAGUUUCGGUUCUUUCAAUAUCUCAAUCUUUCCUACAAUAUGUUUGAUGGUGAAGUUCCGGAUGGAGGAGUUUUCACAAACAUUAGUGCCUUCUCAAUUGUUGGAAAUAUUCUAGUAGUUACUCUAACUAUUGUUGUAUUAUCAUUGUGCAUUCUAGCUAUUCUUUACCGGAACAAAAGGUCAAGACAACAAGUCAAUUUAGCCUCACCCUUGAAAAACCAAUAUCCACAACUCUCUUAUGGAGAACUUUUUCAAGCAACCAAUGGGUUCUCUCCAUCCAACUUAAUUGGUGAGGGAGGAUAUGGUUCUGUUUAUAAAGGGAUUCUCAACUUCGAUGAACAAAUUAUUGCUGUGAAGGUGCUCAAAGGACACGAACGUGGAGCGAACAAGAGUUUUGUUACAGAAUGUGAAGCAUUGAAGAACAUUCGCCAUCGAAAUCUUGUCAUGACAAUUACAGCUUGCUCAAGCAUUGAUUUUAAAGGCAACGACUUCAAGGCUUUGGUCUUCGACUUCAUGGAAAAUGGGAGCUUAGAAAAUUGGUUACACCCAAGUCUUUUAGAGCAACAUGAACCUAAGAACUUGAACUUUGUUCAAAGGCUAAACAUUGCCAUUGAUGUGGCAUGUGCAUUGGAUUAUCUUCAUCAUCAUUGUGAAACAACUUUUAUUCAUUGUGAUUUAAAGCCAAGUAAUAUUCUUCUUGACGGUGAUUUGUGUGCCCAUGUUAGUGAUUUUGGCUUGGCAAAGAUUGUUUUAGCAACCAAUGGAAUUUCUAUUCAUCAACAAUCAAGUUCAAUUGGGAUCAGAGGAACAAUUGGCUAUGUUGCCCCAGAGUAUGGUAUGGGUGAGGAGGUAUCAACGCAAGGUGAUAUGUAUAGUUAUGGAGUGUUACUACUAGAAAUGUUACUAGAAAUGUACACAGGAAAAGGACCAACUAGUAACAUGUUUACAAGUAAUGUAAACCUCCAUAGCUAUGUAAAAAUGUGUCUUCCAGAGCAAGUAAUGCAGAUCCUUGAUCCCCAAAUCAUAUUGGAAAUGGAAGAGGAGCCAAGUAGGAGCAUGCAAAGUAGUACAACCAACAUUUCUAAACUAGAGGCUUGCCUGGUACCAGUCUUUCAAAUUGGAGUUUCAUGUUCUGCUGAAAUGUCAAGUGAAAGAAUGAGUGUGAAAGAUGUUCUCAAAGAACUAUACAAGAUUAGAAAUGUAUUUCUUGGGGUUAGGGGACAAAGGCAUUAG